GCGUCCCUUGUUGCUCUGUAAAUAGCGCGCGUGCGCACUCUAGCGGUCACUACCGUUGCCACGCGCGCGGUAACGUUGUUAGGGAAGUAGAAUAAUCGUUUUCCGGAUGUAAGUAGGAAGAGGAGAAGGAUACACGUGUGGUGAAGUUCCAGCAAAUAAGAACAGCGUGAAAUCAAAGAUGAUGCAAAAACCGAGAGAUGACUUUACAGAUCUUUCCUGACAAAAGUUGACAAGUGUGAUCCAAAUAGAGGAGAUUUAAAUCCAGAGAUGGCGGUUGAUGGGGUGGUCAAAGAGAAGAAAAAGAAGAAAAAAAUAAAGGAAGAUGGAGUGUGGGCGACCGCUAAAAAUGGAGGAACCCAAGAUAUAAUUGAGUGUCAGCAUGCUUCUGUCCAGACGACUAUUAAAAUGGAACAGUCAGAGGUAAACAUCCGUGAAGGAGAGCAACAUGAGUAUGACACCACUGAGAAAAAGAAGAAAAAGAAGAAGAAGAAAACCAAAGAGGUAAAUGAAUAUGUUGCAGUGUAUCAUGAUGCGUCUUUCCAGACUCCUGUGAAAACAGAACUGUUGGAAAUAAAUAUCAGUGAAGGAGGCCUAGAGAAAAUUGAGCUUCCUCAGAAAGAGAAAAAGAAGAAGAAAAAGAUGAGAAAGGAAUCGGAACACCUUCAAGAGAACGUGAUGGAAGUCACCAACAGCGAGCCUGGAGAAAAGAUUGAUGGAGAGUGUUUAGAGGAAUCGAGGAUAAAGAAGAAAAGAAAAAAAGAAAAAGGUAAAAAAAAGAGGGAAGAGAGCGCCACAGAGGCCGGAGAGAUAAAGAAAAAGAAGAAAAAGGAUGUAGAGGUCAAAGAAGAGGUUGACGUGGGCCACAGUGGAAAGAUGAAGAAGAAGAAAAGGAAAAACAUUGAAGAUGAAGAACAGAACCCAGAAUCUGGGGAUGGAGGGGUCAAGAAGAAAAAAAAGAAGACAGAAAAAAAUAUAAAAAAUGUAGAAAGGGAUGCAGAACCAACAAAGAAAAGGAAGAAAAAAGAACAGAACGGCAGUUUAAAGACCGAAAACAAUGAAGAGAUGAAGGUUAAAGUCAACAAGGAGAAAUUGUCUCUGGUAGAAGAAGAGAUGAAUGAGACGGAUGUAAACACUGAGAAAAGGAGCAAGAAGAAAAAAAAGAGAUUAGAAAACCUGGAUGAGGGUCAGCGUUUAGGCCCUGCUCCUGAAAAUGGGAUAAAAGCAAAGACUGGCGACGUCACAGGAGAGAUGAGGUCACCAAAACAAAAGAUGAAAAAGGGCAUCAAGCUGGAGGUUGAUGAUGUCAUAGAGGAGGAGCCACAGGAAAACAAGAAGAGUAAACGAGACGAAAAAAAAAACACAGAAAAGAAAGAUGUUGUGUUCCUGUCAGCGAGGCCUGGAAAUCAGGAUGAGGUUUCUAUAGAUCAGGCUCGCAGACUCGCCCUGCAGGAGGACAUUGAUAAAGAAUCGCAGCCAAAACUGAAUCUUGGCCAGUGGAGCACAGCUCAGUUUGACAGCUCUGACAAACAGGCUAAGUUCAUGCGACUGAUGGGCGGAUUUAAAAAAAGCAGCCAGCCGAUCACAGGAAGCUCCAGGCAUGCAAACAUGUCCCUAGGAAAAGAAGGUCAACAAACUUUACAGCAAGGACUUCUGGGAGAAUUUGAGCGCGCGCAGAGCCGACAUUUCGACUUCAGGAAUAAAGGAAUUGGGUUGGGAUUUACACCGCCGUCCAAUAAGAAGUUUGCGAUUGACGCGAACGUGCGGAACUCAAUAAGAUUUGAUGACUGAGAUUAAAUUAAAAGUCUGUCGUUAUUGUCUGUCAUGUUGUUACAAAUCUUUUUUUAACACAAAGGAGAAUUUUGAUAAAGCAUUUAUUAAGUGCAGUUUAUACAGCUGCCACCCUCCAGAAUAUACAAAAUAACUCCUUAAAAGUAUCAGUGUAGUCUACAAGACUUGUUAAAUAUAGUCCAGGAGAUAGGAGGCCAUAUAAUAGUACACUUUGUUCCUUUCUUCACAAAAAUCGACUUUUAUAGUGUGUUUUUAAAGUUGACUGCUGUGGCCAAUGUAUAAAGAACCUUCCGGAUGUUUCAUUUUUUGAAAGUAAACCGUAUACGGGUUGAAAUGAGUAAAUAUUGACGGUUAAAUUUUUUAGGUGAACUAUUUAAGUAAUUUAUGACUAUCCCUUUAUGGGUUUCUAGAAAUGCUUGUUUAAUUUUUUUACCAUGACCACCUGUAUCACACGCUUACCUGUAAGUGAAAUACAGAAGAACCACUGAAGAGCACUGAAUCAUUGAUCAAGUCAAUUUAUAUAGUCUCUGCGAAAUUAAAAUCAUUUUUGUUUUAAAGAUCUCAGGUAAAAUGUCAGGGUGGAGGAGGCAAGAGCGUGGCGGAAAGGUUCUUAAAACAUGUUUACAGAUGGGAGUGAUAUUGAGGAACCUUGUUAAGGCAAGCACAGGGAAUAUUUUUGAGGUUUGUAAACAGUGUUCCUGGAAUUAUUUUUUUCAUUGUUUUAUUGUUUAUAAUGAGACCGCUACAUUAAAGCAAACCGAGCGUGAA